AUGGUCGAGAAUCAUGUGGACGGGUACUUCCCGGAGCUUCUAGCCAAGGACCUGGAAAGGUCCACAGUCAUCAUCGCAUCGCAAAACCUUCCGCCUGGCGAUGCCGAAACGAAGACAUCUGAAGCAAAAGUUGCAGCCUCAUCACACGGUUGGCCCUCACGACAUCCCCAAACUCCACAAUAUCAACCUGCCUCCAGACCGGUGCGACAAUUGGGUUCAAUCCAAGAGCGCCAAUCAGUUGUGUCUUUUAUCGAACACGGGGCUCAUACAGACUACUCUACAACAGACGAUGAUUCCUUUUACGCCAACGAUGGAUACAUGAGCACAGUCGGCCCAUCCACUGUCGCAUGCCACAAACUAACGACCAGUACUGCAGCGACAUCUCUCGCCUCCGACAUAUCGGUCCCGUCGCUGAACAAGACUCUAUCUUACGAUUCGAAAUUGGAACACAGCUGGAUUGACCCUGAUUCGGAUGAGGAUGAGCUAGAUCAAAUGGUAGAGAAUCACAUGGGUUCUCUCUCUCCACGGCCCCCUUCCCCACCCACUAAUGGAAAAGUUGCUCGCCGGUCAUCAGCUCGAUCUCGCAAAAGUGCAAGGCCGUCCAAUGAUUCAAAACCCUCUACUCAAUCACCCUGCAUCCACGAUGACAGCGACAGCGACAGCGACAGCGAUGGAGUUUCCAAUCCCCCGCGAAAGACACCUCAAAAUCCCGUUUUCAUUCGCCCAUCUCCACCUCCGUCUCCUUUGCCCACUGUGCAGUCGUGGCUGCACGGAAACGCACUUCCAUAUGCCGCUCAGUGCCAGGGUGAUGAUCUAGCCAAAGCCAUCCCUCUCCCCCCAAACAUAGUGGAAACUUUGAGGGUUUCCAUUGCUUGCUUCCCCGAGACGAUGCUUCUGACCUCGAGCUUGACUAUCGAGACGAUUCGCAUCUACUCGAGGAAGGUCAGGCAACCAAGCAUUGAGCUCGUCAACAAUCUGAUCCCUGAUCCGCCAGUCGAGAGUCCGCGCAAGUCACUCUGGAAGAGGGUCGUAACCUAUAAAAGAAGCUCGUCAAACUUACCUCGUGACCGAAUACGCUCCCCAAGCCCCACAGAACAGAGCUUAAAGUCACGCAGUUCGAGCUCUCUACCCUCACUCUCACCCAAGACAUGGUUGCCUUUGAAGAGCGUGUUUGGAUGCUGCUCUGACUACAUUUGUGAGGCACUCUGGGCGCACAUUGUGGCUUAUAACUAUAUCUCGGCUCUCAUCCCCCGCGCUCCUCCCCAAGCCAAGUCUAAUCUACAUCGCCCGUCCACGUCGAAUGGUUCGCAGAGGGACGAGAUACCGAAGAAAGCAGCGUCUAUUCUUGGUCUUGCGGCCUCUCAGGGUGGUUCAGUUCCAAGCAUGGAAAGACCCACACUCAAGCUCCGUACCUCCUCCUCGUGGACUCUCAACAAGGAGGGAAUGGUGAUCGAGCAGUCGUCGCGAGCAGCAAGCAACGAGAAUACCACGAGGGAAAUUCAAACCGGUCUUAUGCGGUGCAUCGUGAGACUAAUUGCUACCGCUCAAUUAAUGUCCGAAGACGACAAGGCUGACGAAAAGAUUGUCGAGAUGGAGACACGGGGAGUGGACAUGCUCUUCACUCGAAGCUUGUGCGAGAUUGUGCGGAUGUCUGAGGACUUCCACAACAACCAUGUCGGCAGCUACUGA